AUGACCGACGCCUGGCCUGCUCCUUCCGACACCACUGCUCCUGCCGCCGACGGCUGGAACGGCACCCGCGCUGAUCGUUCGCCUCCCCCUCAUGCCGAUCGGGAGCGCCAGCGUGAUCGCAGUCGCAGCCCUGGACGCAGUGGCGAAGACCGAGGAAGGUCCAACGCCAACGGUCCGGUUAAUCUGAACCCCGGAAACAAUAUCCACGUCUCUGGUCUCUCUAGCCGAGUCGACAACAGGAUGCUAGAGGAUGCCUUUGGAAAAUUUGGCAAGGUUGCCAAGGCUUCUGUUGUUUACGACCCUCACUCGCGUGAAUCUCGUGGGUUUGCGUUCGUCACAAUGGACACUGUUGAAGAGGCCGAAGCUGCCAUUGCCGGUUUGCACAACUCGGAACUUGCUGGCAAGCCUAUCACGGUUGAGAAGGCUCGUCGCGGACGUGCUCGUACUCCUACUCCUGGAAAAUACCUGGGCACCGCACGCCGUGAUGAUCGUGGGUAUGGCGGAUACAGGGAGGACCGAUAUGCUGCUGAGAGGCCAUACUAUCCUCGUGAAUUUGAUAGUAGAUACUCGCGCGACCGAUACGACGCUCGCGAUGACAGGCGCUAUGAUGAGCGGGACCGCUACCGAGACGAUCGUGAUCGUUACCGCGAUGACCGCUACUAUGAGCGCCGCGAUCGCUACCGCUAUGAUGAUGGACGUGGCGGAAGAUACACCUUGCCAUAUACACGCACUAAUGCCUUCAACUGCCAAAUCGAGGAUACCCAUUUGGAUUGGCAAAAGGCAGCUGGAGUUUUGUCUCGUAUCUCUACGCUGAGUCAGCGGGUGCACUUUUUGGUGCACGUGACUGCUCCCACACCCACCGAUCUGCCAGUCCUGAGGUUCCAAUUUCACGAGGAUCGAGGGUCUGAAUUUUCUACAAAAUUAGUAAAAUUGAGUGAGGACAAUCAAGAGGAGCUCGUCGAUGCCCCGUUCGACGAGCGCAUGCACAUCCCUGCAUUCACAUCCCUUCCGGCCGCCAAACGAUGUCUCCUCGUACUCGAUCUGAACGGCACUCUUCUUCACCGCCGACGCACCAACUCUGGCCACUCCUCCCAUGUCUAUAUCCGGCCGUACCUUGGCACCUUUCUCCAGUACAUCUCCCAUCCAUCCAUGUCUCUCGAUGUCGCAGUCUGGAGCUCUGCACGACGAGCAAACGUCGACGUUAUGGUCGAACGCGCAUGGACUGGGAAGAAGCCGGACAUUGUACUCGCGCGCGAGGAUAUGCAGCUCACCGAUCGACAGUUCAAGCGUGCUUAUCGUCACGGAACAUUUCGUCCAGACCACAACGUGCGCACGACCAAAGACUUGAGACAGCUUUGGUUGAGGAUGGCCCAGGUUCACCAGGGGGACCGGGUUAUACACGGCCCGAGGGACACGAUACUCCUAGACGACUCGGUACACAAGUCUCGUCUCCAGCCCAACAACCAUCUCGCCCUUCCUACGUACGGUUCUGCAGAACUCCGAGCCGACGCCGAUGCAUUAACUUCAGGAUUCGAGAACGUAGACGAAUCGCUCAUUGCAGUGGUUGGGAUCCUUUCAGAGAUGCGGACCACAGAUGUACCUUUCGACGAAUGGAACCGAACGGGGAGGGUAUGGGCCGGCCCGGGUGCGAAACUCGACGCGCGUGAAAUGUGGGAUGGGCGAAUACGGCCUUCUUCACCUUCCCCUCCUACUACUACAACUACUCCCACUCGAAGUCUAACGAGUUUACCCGAGUCGAUCUUAGCAGGGUCGAGUUUAUCGGCCCGAUUAGCGAGUCGGAUGGACGCUUCUGUUGUCAAGCAUGAGCCCGACCCUCCAUUCGAGCCAAGUCAGCAACCUCGAAUCUAUAGCGAAAUGCCCCAGUGGUUUAGUUCGCCCCCCUUGAUGCGCGCAUGGAUAGAGCAUGGUCGGCAGAUACUCGAUGGGUUGGGAAUUCGGGUUGCGCACGAGUGUGUCCAAGCUUGGCCGGGUUGGAAGGAAGGAAAUCAUGAGAUUCAGGGAAAGGCAAAAGAUGACGGGCUUAAACUCCGCAAAAGUGAUGAACAGAGGAAGGAGAAGGGGAGGAAGGGGAAGAGGGGGAAGGAGUAG